UCGCUUUGUUCAUCGUGUGUUAUGUGAGAGAGUAAACUGUAUGAGUCUUAAAGUUGGUUAUGCUGGCUCGCUUAUUGUGUAUUGAAACUGGAAAACUAUUCAGAAUCGUCUCAAUCGGGAACUCUGAGCAUAUUAAAGAAUCGUUCGAUUUACGAUUGUUUGGUAAUGGCCGGUCACUCUUGAGUUUCGUAUUUUCAGUUGUGGUGUGAAUGAAAGUGGCGAAAAUGCCUCGUGUGAAAGCAUCCCCGAAAAAGUGCAUCAAGAGCAAUUUACAACAACCAGCAAGUUCUUGGGUGUUUUUACUGAAAGGUGAAGCUUUAGAAUUAUCUGAACAGUACACGGGCAGUGGAACACCGGACAUUGUAACGCUUAGGCAUCCUAAUACAGGAGAAUCGGCUGUUUUUCUAUUUUCACCGGUCAACAACUCGGUACAGGAAGUUUUGACUCUAAAUGAAGCGAAGCGCUCCUGGUUUAUAGACGAGUCAGUGAAAAGCGAUGGCAAAUUGCAACUCUCUACGCCCAUUGACCCAAUAUUUCUAGUUCUUCCUUAUCUAAGAAAGUAUUGCACGGCAUAUGCCCAACCCCUAGAUCAACUUCUGAGAGACGAUGAGUUUCCUGAAACUGAAAGACUGCUCAAAUCCAGCGGCCUCAGUUAUUUGACAAUGAUUGCAGACCGAAAGGGUGACGAUGAAUUGAACGCGUUUAAAUAUAAUGAAGAAAAAACGCUCAACUGGCUGAAAAAGAAAACCGAGCGAGUGGCCGACAUUUUAAAGCAGAAAAAUAUUCAUGUUACCGGUUCUGGAGCAGUUUCCAGUAACUUUGUCAAGCCUGCCAAGUCAGAAUCUAACGAUCAGGAUGCCCAUCUACGAUACGCUCAUGGUAUUGUCUCAGAAUACCUAAUGGACGAUCUCAGUCUGAAACUCCUAAAGUUUCUUGAACUUCCUGAAGAAACCUCACAACUGAACUUGAAAAGGAAAAGCAGUAGCAGCACAGGUCAGGAUGCAAAGAAACCGAAACUAGAAGAUGAAAAUAGAAGUUCAACCAGUAACGUUUUAGACCUAAGUAAGCCGGAAACGAAGCCUAAGCCUCCUACAUUAACGACAAAAGAUAAAGCCCGAGCUAAAGCGGCCAGUGGUAGUAAAAGCAUCAGCUCCUUUUUCAAAAAGAGUUAAUUACCCUAAAACCUACUUUACAAAGCACCGCAGUCCGGUGCACUCGAAAUUCAAUUUUAUCUAGGUCAAUUUUAGAGCGCUUUAUAGGGGCCGUGUUCACUGUUUUUUUAAGACGGAUGGCGAGAAAAUUACUAUUUCAUUUGAUGCACGUGCGUGUCAGAAGGGAAUCUAGGAAAGACAUUCAUUUUAUAGAAUAAUGUUAAAUUGAUCUCCUAAAUGUUAUCUACAAAAUCAGCGAAUAUUGAUAUUGAUGAAGUCUGCUUCUCUUCAAAACAGUUUUUAUAGGCAUUGAUCAAUUUGCAUGAACAUGUAUGUACAUGUAUCUCAUUACAAUUGUUAUUGGUUAGUUAUGCAAUUUGCCAGCUCUUACAACAAAUCAAUACGAUACUGGAAUGCAGCUAUCAGUCGAUGAUGCACUCUUGUGUUACCCCCCAUACAAGUUGAAACACUAAGACAUUUUAAUUUAUUUAUUUUUUAAGCAGCUUUCAAAUUCUUUAAGACAAUUUCAAUAUGUGCGAGGGGCAACUGUUUUAAUUUUACAAAUUAGUAUUAUCCUUUUUUUAUUGCUGCUCUUUUGUGGUCAUAAAUGUGGAAAAACAUACAUGCGUUUUCUUGAUCGAUUCAACCAAACAUUAGACAUUUUAAGACAAGACGGUUUUAACACCCUUAAAGGCUCUAAAAAAAUGACACAAAUAAUCAUUUUAUGAAAAAUUCAAUUUAUUUAGAAGGCAAUUUAAAUAUCAAAAAAACACUGACGUCAUGUAACUGGUUGAUCGGGAAAUUGUUCAGCAACAAUCUACGACGUCGUUUUACAAUAAAAAAGAAAUCUUUUGUAAUAAAUUAAGACAAUAUUAUUUGUAAUAAAUAGCCUAGUAUUAUACAUAUACAUGGAUCGAAGCUGUAAAGACUUCUUCAAUAACUGCUUAACAAUCUGAGUUAACAAAAAUCAGUCAUAAUAAAAUUUGAAAAGAAGAAAUGACGAAAAUACGUAGUUGAUAAUUAAAGACGUGAAAUAUCUUAAACUUACGUGUUUGUUCAUAGCAAUGUGAAAGGUACAGGACAGCGAUAUAUAUCCAUCCAAGAAAUCAUUGAAAUUGAAAAAAAUUAUGUUUCGAGCAUUCUAAUAUUUCAUAAACCAGCAUUAUACAGGGUACCAGAAAAAAUAAAAUCACUUUUUAACGUAAACUGCGUAAAUUUUACUCACAAAUAGAGAAUGUUUCGGUACCGCAAAGGACAAAAACAAAUUCGUCUCAUGAAUUCAGUGUUUACCAAUAGUUUAUAAAUAAUUAGCAAAUAGCUGAAACAUCGGCUUGGGCUGAAAUACGUUCAAAAUACCCUGCUAACUAUCAAAUAGUAUUUACUUCAGAAUUAUCCACAUUUUCAAAAUAAAUGUUUAACAGUACUUGUAGUUAAACAAAUUAAAAGCAAACCUAAUUUUAGGCUUUUACUAGACUUUGCAGCAUCUUCAUAAAACGAAAAAAUGUACUAUUUAAAUAAAACUAUUUUCACAUUUA